AUGUCAUACAACCAUGAUUCAAAUACUAGUUCUGCCGCCUUAAGGAAGAAGAAGAUCUUGAAGAAAUCCAUCAAUUUCAGUAUAAUGGUGAUCGGAGAAAGUGGUAUGGGAAGAUCAAGUUUCAUCAAUUCAUUAUGUGGAGGAAAUUCUAUAGUACCAACAUCUUCAACUAUUGAUCAAGAUCCUUUCACCAAAAAAUUAACAUUAAGACAUGAAAACGUCGAAUUAGAAGAUAAUGAAGGUCACAAAAUCUCUUUAAAUAUUAUAGAUACCCCAAACUUUGCCAAUUCAAUCAAUUGUGAUGAAGAUUUUAAGAUUAUUGUUGAUUUUAUAAGACACCAAUAUGAUGAAGUUUUAUUAGAAGAGAGUAGAGUUAAGAGAAAUCCAAGAUUCAAAGAUGGAAGAAUCCAUGUUUUAUUAUAUAUGAUCAAUCCAACAGGUCAUGGAUUGAGUGAAAUUGAUGUUCAAUUUAUGCUUCAUAUUAAUAAAUUAGUGAAUUUAAUUCCUGUUAUUGGUAAAAGUGAUAGUUUAACUGCUGAUGAGUUAAAACUUAACAAGAAAUUGAUCUUGGAAGAUUUGAAACAUUAUGGUAUAAAUUAUUAUAAGUUUAAUGAAUUCGAAUAUGAACAAGAUUAUAUUGAUGAUGAAAUUAUUGAAUACAAUAAAUAUUUAAACAGUUUAUUACCAUUUGCAAUAAUCGGGGCUAAUGAUUUUAGAACUAAUGAUGAAGAUGUUUUGAAGUUAAGAAUUGGUAAUCCAAUCAAUUCUAAACCAAUUAAUAUUGAGAUGCCAGAAUAUAAUGAUUUCACUAUCUUGAAGAACAUCUUAUUAAUCACUCAUUUGAAUGAAUUUAAAGAAAUCACUCAUGAUAUUAUUUAUGAAAAUUACCGUACUGAAGCUUUAAGUGGAAAAGAAUUCCAAUAUAUUAAUGGUGAAAGAGUGGUUAAUGAAGCUGCUAAAUCUGAUAUUAAUGGUUCUUUUGAUGAUACAACUAACCAAUCAACUAUUAAUGAUGAUUAUUUAGCUAAGGAAGAACAAAUCAAAUUAGAAGAAGAAAGGUUGAAAAAAUUCGAAGAAAGAGUUCAUCAAGAUUUAAUUAAUAAACGUAAAGAAUUAUUAGAAAGAGAAAAUGAAUUGAAGGAAAUCGAAAAGAGAUUAAUGGCUGAAGGGUUAAAAUUAAAUGACGAAGGUGAGAUCGUUAAAAAUGAUGAGUAG